AUAAUUUGAUAAUGUAUAUCGAAUAUCCAUAGCCGUGAAAAACGCUUGCUAUAAUGAGAAACCAAAUGGAGAAGGAACCAAAUGUGAACGGCAUGGCGGCUUACUCGAAAACGCAACAAGAGAUCAAAAGGAAUAUUCAAAACCAUCUUCAGCUACGAAGAUGGAGCAGCAAACCGAGGCCUCUCCGCUGCUUGUGUCCGAUAGGGUCAUCGUCAAUGGGACGAUUACGCCUCUCACUCUUUCCGGGGACGGUGUGCUUCUGUGGUCGGAGGGAAGUCAACGCUGUCUCAUAGUGGAGAAGCAGGUUCUUGGGUUUGUUUCGGACGGUCCCAAGAUCAAGAUCAGGGCCGUUGUCGAAGCCGCCGAGAGAAUCUGCUGUGUCGGCACCAGGACAGCUCUGCUCAGGAAGGACUUUGUCUUCGAGAUUUUGUCUGAGGACAUGCACAGGCUCUGGUGCGAGAAGCUCCGGCAAUGUAUUGAUGCUCUUGAUCGUCCUAAGAGGCUCCUCGUGUUUGUGAACCCAUUUGGUGGGAGUAGAUCUGCUUCAAAUAUAUUUCUUGAUCAAGUAAAACCUCUUCUCGUGGAUGCUGAUGUUCAAUUUACAUUGCAAGAAACUCAAUAUCAGCUUCAUGCAAAAGAAGUUGCUAAAACAUCAGAUCUUUCAAAGUAUGAUGGCAUUGUAUGUGUUAGUGGGGAUGGAAUUCUGGUCGAGGUAGUAAAUGGACUUCUUGAGAGAGAGGAUUGGGAAGCUGCAAUAAAAAUGCCUCUUGGAGUAGUUCCCGCAGGUACUGGGAACGGCAUGGCAAAAUCUCUUCUGGAUGCUGUUGGUGAACCAUGUACAGUGUAUAAUGCUGUUCUCUCCAUUAUUCGAGGCCAUAAGCGUUCACUGGAUGUAGCUACCUUAUUACAAGGGGAGACCAAAUUUUUUAGUGUAUUGAUGCUUUGUUGGGGACUGAUAGCAGAUGUUGACAUCGAAUCCGAAAAGUACAGGUGGAUGGGAAGUGCUCGUAUUGAUUUCUAUGCUCUUCAACGCAUUAUAGAUUUGAGGCAGUAUGAUGGACGUAUUUCCUUUGUGCCAGCACCUGGCUCUGAAACUUAUGGAGAACCAACUAGUUACAGUAAGCAUGGUGUGCGUGGUCCGAGUCAAGAGGAACUUGUUAAGAUUCGGGGACAUUAUCGAGGACCUGAUACUAACUUGGAAAAUAUGGAGUGGAGAACUAUUCAUGGGCCAUUUGUUUCAGUAUGGCUUCACAAUGUAGCUUGGGGGGGUGAAGACACGAUGGCAGCACCUCAAGCCAAGUUUUCAGAUGGUUAUAUGGACUUGAUCGUUAUCAAGGAUUGCCCAAGAUUAGCCUUGCUAUCGUUAUUGACGACUUUGAACAAUGGAGGCCAUGUCAAUUCACCAUAUGUUCUGUACUUCAAGGUGAAAGCAUUCAUCUUGGAACCUGGUACACGUACAAAUGACCCGACCAAGGAAGGGAUUAUAGACUCAGAUGGUGAGGUCCUGGCCAGAGGCAAAGGCACAUACAAAUGCGAGCAGAGGACCAUGAUGACCUAUGAUAAAAUUCAAAUAACAGUGGAUCAAGGUUUAGCUACCCUAUUUUCUCCUGCAUAGAGUUUGAUCAUCCUUUUUAAAAAAAGUUCUUGACUAUAGUUCCACAGACAUUUUUUUUGCCACAAAGGAUCUUCCCUAGACUUUUAUUAUGCCUGUACAGAACCACUAUAGGGGGAAAUAACGGAAUCAAAGAAAAGAGAAAUUCCUAAACAAGCUAGAUGCUGAAAAAUAAUUUUUUGUAACUUCCAGUGAUCAUAAUAAAAGCACCAUGCAGUUAACCCUUUUGCUGCACAUGGAUUUUGGACU